GGCGUUUUAACUUUAAAACUUGAAUCUGUUUAUAAAGUGAAACGGUAAAAAAUGGGGCUGGGUGAUUGUGGAAAAUUGGGCAAAGUGUUUCUUUCAGUCCUUAACGCAAUAUUCCUGCUACUCGGACUGGGUCUGCUGAUAGCGGGGAUACUGGUCAGAAUAAACGCCAUUUCCUCUGACGUCACACCCGCCCUUAACACUGUGAACGUAGGGGAUUUCCAGCUUGGAGAUCUGUCCCACAAUCUGUCCAUCAUCUUUAUCGUCGUUGGAGCGUUCAUUGUGGUUAUUGCUGGACUGGGACUAAUAGGCGCCUGCUGCGAGGUCAAAUGUAUGCUGAUUGUGUACGCUAUAUUGGUGUUGAUUGUGCUCAUCAUUAAGCUAGCAGCUGUUAUAUUGUGGUUCCAAAUGAGGAGUAAGUUUGACGACACUGUUAAGAAGACAAUGAAGGAAUCAUUGGAAAAAACCUUUGAAAACGACACCCUGGACAGUAACGAACCAAUUUCUAAUGCCUGGAACUAUGUUUUCCUAACAUUUGAUUGUUGUGGAGUGGUGAAUAACACCGAUUUCUCUAAAACACCUUGGUGUACAAAGAGUGGCAGCUGUAAAAACAACCAAGCGACAAUCCCUAGAACCUGUUGUGAGGGGGUGGACGAGUCAAGCUACACAAAGGCCGGGGCAGACUGUUCUAACACAGCCACUAAAGGUUAUAAUAAGAAGGGUUGUUAUGAGGCGGUGGAGGACUUGAUUUCUACAUAUGGGAACGCUUUUAUUGGAAUCUCUAUUACUGUGAUGGUGAUUGAGCUCCUCGCCAUUGUGUUUGCCCUUGUUAUCUGUAGACGUUCGGGAUCCGACUCGAAGCCCAUGUAGGCACGUUGCUAGAGAUCAGAAGACCAGAGUUUUUCUUUUGUAUCAUAAACUUCAUAAUGGAACAUAAUGGUCAUGAAACAUAAUCAUUUUCAUUGUGAAAUCCCUGUGUAUUUUUUUGGUUCUUUUUUUAUUUGACAAAAUUAUUAAUACAAAUAAUAAAACAUUG